GUGUAAAUGUGUUGUUUUUAUUGACAUCGCAAUGGAUUAUAAAAGAAAGCUCACAGAAGGGGCCGUGGUGCCUAGCAAAAAGCCAAGAAAUGACAUGAUUGUUGAUUUAACAUCUCAAGAAAAUGCCUUGUUACAAACUGGCCCACCAAGAAUUUCUAACCUUGAGGCACCAAUCAUGUUACUGACUGGUCAUGAAGGCGAUAUAUUCACCACGAAGUUUUCUCCAGAUGGACAACUUCUUGCUUCCUCCGGAUUUGACAGAUUGAUUUAUUUUUGGCUUGUAUAUGGAGAAUGCGAAAACAUUGCUGUCCUUAAAGGGCACACAGGAGCAGUGAUGGAGCUUCAGUUUUCCACUGAUGGAAACACUGUAUUUACGGCAGCCACAGACAAGACUGUUGCAUUAUGGGAUGUAGAGGUCGGUGAACGCAUCAAAAAAUUCAAAGGCCACCAGACAUUUGUAAAUUCAGUAAGCGUUGCCAGACGAGGUCCACAACUAGUAUGUAGUGGCAGUGAUGACGGCACAAUCAAGUUAUGGGACUCAAGAAAGCGCGGAGUGUUACAGACCUUUCAGAGUGUAUACCAGGUUACUGCAUGUACCUUCAAUGAUACGGCUGAGCAGAUCAUUUCUGGGGGUAUUGACAACGACAUCAAGGUGUGGGACCUUAGGAAAAAUGACAUGCUUUAUAGAUUGCGAGGACACGCUGACACUGUGACAGGGAUGGAACUUAGCCCUGAUGGUUCUUACCUCCUCUCUAACUCUAUGGACAACACAGUGAGGGUUUGGGAUAUCAGGCCUUUUGCACCACAAGAACGAUGUGUGAAAAUAUUACAGGGACAUCAACAUACAUUUGAAAAGAAUCUCUUGAGGUGUGCAUGGUCACCUGAUGGAAGUAAGGUCUCCGCGGGGUCAGGUGAUCGCUACGUAUAUGUUUGGGACACAACGUCACGUCGUAUUCUCUAUAAGCUUCCUGGCCAUGCUGGGUCAGUGAAUGAGGUGGACUUCCAUCCAACAGAACCAGUCAUUGCAUCCUGUUCAAGUGAUAAGAAGAUAUACCUAGGAGAGAUAGAAUAACAGUGCUGUAUGGAGUAUGUGUGUCAAACAUUUACCAAGGAUGAGUGUUGAACAAUUACAUAGGAUGACAUGUGUGGAUCAUUUACAUUGGAUGAUUGUGGGACAUUUACAGAGGAUGUAUGUGGGACAUUUCCAGAGGAUGUAUGUGGAACAUUAGUGGAGGAUGUAUGUCAGAUAUCUACAUGUGAGGAUGAGUUUUAAUCGUUUGAGGAGAAUUUAUGUUAAAUACAUUGUGUAUUUGCAGAUGAAAGUGUGUUGAGAAAUAACAAAUGAAAAGGAUGUGCAACAACCUGACAAGUUUACGAAAAUAAAUAUUUAAAAUCAUAUCUUUGAUAUUUUAUAUACAACUAUUACUUUUGUGUGAUGCUGACAAAAAAAUCUCAAUCCUUUAGAGUAAGAUUUUUGAGUGUCCAGAUGACAGUGCAACCUCUUUGCUGGCAAACUUAACCCUAAGUUGGGGUUAUUCAAUCUGAAUUACACAAUUGUAAAAGGCUUGUUGUCAUAAAGAAAUUUUGAGGUGUUGGCCAACCAACACAUCUAAGAUGUCAAAACAUAUUGUCCAACAGCUGAGGAUUCCACCCAAAAUACACUGUCGUAUACAUUAGCCAGUGGUGAUUAGUAUUAGAUAAUCAGAUACAUAAUGUGAAAGAUUUGUUUUAUUUUCUAUAUUUUUUUUUCACUCUGGAUAUUCAGCAUCAGUGCUAUUCCACAAAUAAUUGUGUCCGUGUUGUAUUGUGGAGUAAGGGUGGGAGUGUUGGAGGUUGAGCGACAUUUUAGAUUUACUACUUAUCUGUGUGGUGUAAUAAAAAAAAGCCACCAUUUAUUUUCAUGAAUAGAUUGAUUCUGGAACAACCAUCUUUACUUUCCUUAUUGU